AUGACCUUUUGGCCAAAUGAUGCAGGUCGGUUUAAUAUCGGUCACCUAAUGAAUGGAACCUCACUGCAAAUGAUGGGGGAAUUUGUGCAGCCCCCCUCUUCAUAUGGCCCACAAGUUGCAGAGCAGCACUCUGGACAGCUUAGUCAAGUAUUCUCAUAUGGGGUCAAUCCUGGAAGCUCUUCAAGGCCUGCACUCUUUGGUGGAAAUAAACGGAAAGGUGGUGCCCUUGUGAAGGUUAUUCAUGCAGAAAUGACCCAGAAUGCUAAAGGAUCCCCAUCUUUCAGUGAGCUUGGGCAGACAUACCUUAACAUCAAUGUAGAUACAGCCAAUGUCUACUAUAUUCUAUCCAAGGCAAGAGAUGCCUUCAAUGAUCCCUCUUUGGAGUUGGUAUCUAGUAAUGGUCUGAGGAUAAUGGACAACGAAGGCAUUAAAGGUUACUAGUAAUAUAAUUUAUUCGCUGUGGCUAUGUGGCCGGUUAAGCCGGUCAAGGUUUUCAAAACACGUAAUGGCCGGCAGUCCUAUAUUCUCAGUAGAUUUCACAAAAUCGAAAGAUUGUAGCUAAUCUAAACUAUCAUAUGUCGAUUAAGACAAGUCAAGCGAUCCUGAAAUGCUUUAUAGAUCUCAAGUGUAGUGUUUGGUUUACGCUUGGCUUAGCCUGUUCCAGGCUCCGAGAUACUGGUGAAAAGUCGUUCAGUAAAAGGAAAUGCGAAAAACGCGCAGGGGCUGAGGAGAGAACCGCCACUGCCCCCUUUUCCAAGUCGCGCACGUCUUAUUUUCGCUUUGCUCGUUUUAAUACGUCCGCACUAUACUUUCUGAGAGCCUCGCACAGGCUAACCAAAGCGUGGAGACUUUUCCCGACGGUUUUCUGCAGAGGCCAUUAUGACGUGAAACGUCGCCUGUCACGCCAUGCUUUGGACAGAAAAUAUCAACGAACAUCCAAAGACCUGAAGACUCGAGACCGACAAAAACAUGAUAUAGAAAUCCCACAAAACCGGCUGGUUUGAUCAGGAUCACGACUUAUGAUAGUUCAGAACGGCUGAAUUUUUUUAAUUUGUGGAAUUUACUGAGAAUAUGUGACUGCCGGCCAUUUAGUGUUUUGAAAACCUUGACCGGCAGUCGAGCUGAAAAAAGUUCUCAAGUGUCACAAAACACGGUUUCGUCUUCUGAGCCCAGCGUAGCCUGUGCCAGACUCUCAGAUAGUAUAGUGCGGACGUAUUAAAACGAGCAAAGCGAAAAUAAGACGCGCGCGACUCUCCCCAGCCCCUGCGCGUUUUUCGCAUUUCCUUUUACUGAACGACUUUUCACCACUAUCUCGGAGCCUGGAACAGGCUACGCUUUGGUUGGGUCUGCUGCUUCUGGAAAACACAAGAAAACACUAGACUUGAGAUCUAUAAAGCAUUUCAGGAUCGCUUGACUUGUCUUAAUCGACAUAUGAUAGUUUAGAUUAGCUAGAAUCUUUCGAUUUUAUGAAAUUUACUGAGAAUAUGGGACUGCCGGCCAUUUAGUGUUUUGAAAACCUUGACCGGCAGUCGAGCUGAAAAAAGUUCUAAGUGUCACAAAACAUGGUUUCGUCUUCUGAGCCCAGCGCAAACCAAACACUAGACUUGAGAUCUAUAAGGCAUUUCCGGAUCGCUUGACUUGUCUUAAUCGACAUAUGAUAGUUUAGAUAAGCUAGAAUCUUUCGAUUUUGUGAAAUUCACCGAGAAUAUGGGACUGCCGGUCAUUUAGUGUUUUUAACGCCUUGACCGGUUACCGGCCAUAUAGCCACAGCGUAAUUUAUUUGCAUUGUUGUCUUUACCAUCGCAUAACAUAUAUAGGUCUUGAAAUAUCCAUAGGUCUUGAAUAUCCACACAUAAUCAUUGGGGUGUAUUAUCAGUAACAUUUUGUUACUGUUUCGAAAAUCAGUCUGUCACAAAUAUACAGCUGAAUAUUCUUCAAAGUUCUUCUAUGCAAUGUCACUUUUGUCCUGUACUGCGAGUUCAGUCGAAAUAUUAGAACAAGGGCACUGGGAAAAUAUUGGUCCAUUUACUCUAUUGUUUGAACUUUGUGAAGUCAUUGAUCUUCAUCGUCAUCAACAUUGUAUUAACUUGUGUAUGUGUUUUUUGUAGGUUUGUCUUUUUGGAAGUGUGGAAGCAGAAAAAGUUAUGCUGGAACGGUCACUACACAUGUUCCUUUAAAGAGAUCAGCCAAGUCAAAGGCAAAAGCAAGUUACAGCUCAUGUUAUGACAUUUCUGAUGGCAGUGAUGAAGACUUCACUCCCAAGAAGACUAGAGGUGAUAACCAUGGAGAUAUUCAAAUUGUAAAUUCUCAAAUAAAUGAAGUCAAAUUAAUGGUCAGUGACACAUUGAAAGUAAACCAAAUUUUGUCCUUGCCACUAGGGGUAGUCAAACUUAUAAGAGAUGCUUUCAUAUGCAAAAUCUGUCUCUCCACACCUAUGAAACCCCCAGUAAUUGCAUCAAAGUGUUGUAACAGCUUAAUUGGCUGUGAGGAAUGUGUUAAUCAUUGGUAUGAUGGGGCUGACGGACUUGGUAAGAAGUGUCCACAUUGCAAUGAACCAAGAGGUAAUGCCUCUACCUUUCAGUUUAAAGGCUUAAAUGAGUUUUUAGUUGGGGUAAGGAAGUUGAUCAAAUCUGAUGAAAGUAAUGAAAGUGAUUAA